AUGCUCACCACCCUCCUAAGCCUCACCGCCGCCGCCGCCCUCCCCUCCCAACCCUCCAAGCGCCAAGGGGCCUUCACACCCAUCGAAGCCGGCUCCACCCUCGCCGAAAUCACCUUCCACACCGAACGCGCCUGCCAAAGCGCGCUGGUCGACUACGAUGCCAGCAAAGGCUAUUCGACCGACGGCGUCAUGACGUACAUCCCCGGCGGCCAGACGGGGUGUUUCAAUGCGCCUGGGGCGACUGUGGGGACGACUGCGCAGGGCCAGGGGUGCAAGACUUACUUUUUCAACGUGCCGGAUUGUCCUGAUGGACAGGGUUUCCUCGUGCCGGAUAACAAUUGUUAUGCGAAUGUCAAAUCUGUUAUUGCGACUUGCUAG